AGUGUCUCUAGCUCACUCAGGUGAACUCAAAGUCAGUUGAGAGGCACCUCUCACAUCGCCAACAGGAUACCUUACAAGACUUGUUGUUAGAUAAGAAAAGUGCAAUUAUUACAUACAACAACUUAUUUUUGCAUAUGUGAGAGAGUGGUGCUAAAUUUUUCAGAAACUCUAGUUCAUUAUUUUUUAUCAAAUAUUUAUCAUUUUGAUUCUUGAACCCUAAAAAAUCUUAGCGUUGUGUUCUAGUCAUAGUCACAAAAUUAAUUAGCAAAGUAGUAUUUUAUUCACUCCUUAACGCGUAACUGUUUGUACCCAAACAAUCAAACGAUGUCUUCCCUAACUGGCAUUUAUCUCACAAUUAUCGGCGUCUAUUCCGCCCUCGGAGUUGCAGUGCCUACUCCUCUGGAACCUGUUGUUGUUUCCCCGUCGGCUGGUUCAUCCGGGGUUGAAAAUGGAAUCCGGAACAAAGAACAGAACUUCAAAGACUUUUCGCACAACUUGCUCCUUCAUUCAGAUUUGGAUGAGUUUAGCAUAGAAAAAGGGGCUGCGAUUUCAAGCCCUUUCGGAGUCGGAUACAUGUUAGCUAACAUUAAUGAGAAGGUUUGGAACGUGUCUAAUGAGGGUGUCGGAGGAGUUCUGCAAACCGACAAAGUAGCCGACGAUUAUCAAGGCCUGGUUGAAAAGAUGUUAAAGAGUCAAAUGUCCAUAAGCAGCACGCUAUUUACCAGGGAUGGAAACGUGUCCACGUCAACUAUUCCGGAGGGAUCUCGCAGAAUGAAGACUGAAACCAAGGUCGUUGAUUUUAUCGAUGAUUGGAAGACGACAUGGGCGACGAUGAAUGAGAGAAUUUCCAAUCAGACGGACGGAAUUUUGGAUGAUCAGCUCAUUCCUAAAGGUGGUUGGUGGGGCGGAGCGUUUUACUAUUUCACGAUGGGCGCUUACGUGAACACGAAUCACUACAAGGGUUCAUGGAACACUUCUUGGGUCGAUAUUGGACAAAAAAAGUUUUACGACGGUUUGACUGUUCCUUACAUCGAGGCGGAGGGGACAUUUCCAUACGUUGAGAAUGAAAAUUAUACCGCUGUUGGUAUUAAAUUGAAGGAUGGCAAAAAAUCCGUAGUUUUCGUCCUUCCCAAAAUUCCACUCGUCCCAUUCUUGAAGACUGAUAUGCCUAAAUUAGUCCAAACUGGAUCUCCUCAAUCUUGGAAUUCUGUCCAGGCUAAAAAUAUUCAAAUUCCUUCCUUGAAGAUAACCCUGCUUGACCAGCACUUUAAGAAACUUGAAGCCCUCGGCGUCAACUACACAUUUUGCGUGGACGAACCAGAGUCGCUGGAAGUUGCAAUGAAGAAAGGUCCAUAUUUUAUGUCACCUUUGGUACAGGCCCACCAUGUUCAAAUUGAUCGAGGCUUUUUCCAAGUUGCUUCUGCCACAGGAUCUAGUUUGAACUCUGAACAGAAAAUGCGAGAAGAAGGAGUUUACACGGGCCCAACGGGACCGGCCGAUGAGGAAGAACAAGGGCAAGGAGAAGGAGAACGCUCAGAAUUUGUCCUUCCAAUGGACAUGGAUCCCCAACUGAUCAAAGCCUUAGUCGAGGGUGAAGUCCAGCUAAAGAAAGUUGACGUUGUUGUUGCUGACGAUGGGAAAAAUGAUACAAUUUCAGCAGCAGCCAGUUCAGUUGAGCAAAUCUCCGUCCUUCCUGACACCAUGCAGCAAAAUCAGACCGUUGAAAUUCCUUCUACGGAAAAUUCUACUAUUCAAGCUCAAACCAACGAAAGUAACGCCCAGUUCAUGGGACUUCCUGACUUGGAAAAAAUUCAAACCGACCUUUUAGUCACGACACCAAUUGCCCCAACAACUCCAUUCGUGCCGGAACCCCUUCCACCAAACACGGUCAGAUUUGACCGACCAUUUUUCUGGUAUUUAUACGACGAGGAGAUGGGGCCCCUUUACUAUGGGACUGUUCAUUCCCUUGCCACUUAUCAAAAAGAGUACGGUAUCGAAACUGAUGAAGAUUUGUGGUUGUACGACGCUUAUAAAACCUUGCUCUGGAACUGCCCCUAAACUUAAGGGUCCUAAUAAAGUAACUAAAUUAGUCCCGAUAUAAAAUGUGCAUAUUAAUUUUUAUUUUUGUACAAAUAAUAAUGACAACCACACUUCAUAUUAAAUUUCAAACUACUAUAAAUCUCACCACGCUGUAUACUAUUAAGCUUAUUCUUAUUAUUCUCUAAUAAAUUUAUCGUAUGAAAGUUCUAUGAAA